AUGGCUCACUUGCUAGCUAAUGCCACUGUCCAAAGUCCACAAGUCACUCGUGUGUCUUCUACUAUUAACAGUACUUGCCAGCGAGCUGCAUUUAACGUUAUUUACAAAGACUACUCUAUUUGUGGGCAGGUUACUACAUCCAAGUUAAUGAGAGCCAUUCUAGUGAGUGAGUUUGAUGACCUUCAGUUUGGAAACUCUGCUUCAACAUACCUGUGCCAAAUCCAGGUCAGAAACAGGUAAAUAAAAUCAUUCAAAAACUUUAACUUACUAUAACUUUUGCUAAAGUGCAAUGUAUAAUGGAUACAUUUUCAUGGUUAGCUAUUAUAUUUCUACCUGUAGCUGUUUUAUAUGUUGUAUUAUGUUAGGUGAAUGUUGUUCAGCCGAUGGUUCUCAUGAAACAGCCUGUGUUUUCUCCAGGUACUGAUCCGUGAGCAUGUGUGUGGAGUGAACCCAGUGGAGACCUACAUCCGCUCUGGGACCUACACCAGGAAGCCCAGCCUGCCCUACACUCCAGGAACUGAUGUGUCCGGGGUCGUGGAGGCUGCUCAUACAGGUGCUGAUCUUAUCCAUCCAUCCCUGUUACAUCAUGAUUACUGAUGGUAUUCUCAUGUGGAAUGUGAUGCUAGUGUAGUGAAGAAACAGUAGUGAAGAAACAUUUUGCAUCCAGUAGUGAAGAAAUAUAUUUUGUUAGUUUUUUCGCAUUGUUUGUAACUUAUUUUGUACAUAAUGUUGCUACUACCGUCUCUUAUGACCGAAAAGAGCUUCUGGACAUCAGAACAGCGAUUACUCACCUUGAACUGGACUGCUGCUCUUUAAUUAUUUGUUACUUUUAUUUUAUUUUUAUUUUUUUUUAGGUAUUCUUUCUUAAAACUGCAUUGUUGGUUAAGGGCUUGUAAGUAAGCAUUUCACUGUAAGGUCUACAUCUGUUGUAUUCGGCGCAUGUGACAAAUACAUUUAGAUUUGAUUUGAUUUGAAACAUUUUGCAUCCAGCACUAUAGACUGAUGAACCACAAGUAGCCAUUGGGUGAAUGCAUUUAUACUGAACAAAAAUAUAAAAGCAACAUGCAGUUCAUAUAAGGAAAUCAGUCAAUUGAAAUAAAUUCAUUAGGCCCUAAUCUAUGGAUUUCACAUGACCGGGCAUGGGCUCAGCCAUGGGUGGACCUGGGAGGGCAUAGGGCCACCCACUUGGAAGCAAGGCCCACCCACUGGGGAGCCAGGCCUAGCCAAUCAGAAUGAGUUUUUCCCAACAAAGGGGCUUUAUUACAGACAUAAUUACUUCUCAGUUUCAUCAGCUGUCUGGGUGGCUGGUCUCAGACAAUCCUGCAGGUGAAGAAGCCAGAUGUGGAGGUCCUGGGCUGUCGUGGUUACACGUUGUCUGUGGUUGUGAGGCCGGUUGGACGUACUGCCAAAUUCUCUAAAGCGACUUUGGAGGUGGCUUAUGGUAGAGAAAUGAACAUUCAGUUCUCUGACAACAGCUCUGGUGGACAUUCCUACAGUCAGCAUGCCAAUUGCACGCUCCCUAAAAACCUGAGACAUCUGUGGCAUUGUGUUGUGACAAAACUGCACGUUUUAGAGAGGCCUUUUAUUGUCCCCAGCACAAGUUUUUACCUGUGUAAUGAUCAUACUGUUUAAUCAGCUUCUUGAUAUGCCAUACCUGUCAGGUUGAUGGAUUAUCUUGGAAAAGGAGAAAUGCUCACUAACAGGGAUGUAAACAAAUUUGUGCACAAAAUAUGAGAGAAAUAAACUUUGUGUGUAUGGAACAUUUCUGGGAUCUUUGAUUUCAGCUCAUGAGACAUGGGACCAACACUUUACAUGUUGCGUUUAUAUUUUUGUUCAGUAUAUAUUAAAGAGAUUCUCCGGUACUAUUGUAUACUUUUUAGCCAGUACUUCUGAAUGUAGCGCUGAUGAGCCAAAAGUGGUCCCCUAAAAUUGCUUACUACGUCACAUAUGUGCGCUACGUUGUUUCUCUCUCUCUCUCUUUCUCUCUCUCUCUCUCUCUUGCGCUCUGCUGUGUGUGCAUCUUGCUAGCUGUCACUCAGUUGGCGAGGGGUUGAAGCUCAUUGGCUAGAACUCGAAUUGCUCGGGGGCUGGCCCACGUGGGGGAAAAUUUUUGGGAAAAUGGCGCAUCACAGCUUCUAGAAAAAAAGUCACUUUCAAACUAGGGAUUUUGUGGCUAAGUGAGAUAAGACAGUAAUUCUGCCAAUAGAUUAUGCAUGUAUGAACUACACAUUGACACAUCCUGUCCAAAGCGGGAGGUUUAAAAAAGACUUAGUCGCCUAAGUUCCUGAGCAUGUCUUUAAGUUGUUUGCAUGACUAUACCAUGACUUUCUGAAGAGGGAUGUCAGGUGUGUGUUGACCUUGUGACACUAAUUUGACCCUUCAUCUUUCAGGCUGGUGACUUUGUGUUCACCACAGCCACAAAGAUGGGAGGGUAUGCAGAAUACACCUUUAUGUCUGAGGACUGUGUCCAGCGGCUGCCAGCCUCCUUAGACUACAAACAGGGAGCUGCCAUUGGGAUCCCCUACUUCACAGCAUACAGAGCUCUCUUCCAUAAGUAAGACACCAACAUUUUGACACCAAUGUUUUGGUUGAGGUCUUUGGAUUUGACAUGGUUAGACAGAUUCAGCAUCACAAUCGAUUUGAUGUUCAAUUAAAUUGAGGAGGUUCAUUGACUCGGCUGACAAAAAAUACUUUCAUUUUAUGUUAAAAGCUGUAUGCCUAUUAUUUAGUAAUAGUCUUUGUUUGUGGGGUGUGUACUGUAAAGGGAGUGUGACUGAGUCUUGUGCUCCACUCUGUCUUAUGCAGAGCACAUGCUAAAGCAGGCGAGACUACUCAUCCAUGGAGCCCGCGGCAG